AUGGAGACAAAGCCCCGGCACACCUACAAGCAGGGCAACUACCUCCCCGUGCGCGAGGAGCGCACGCUCGAGGAAUGCGCUUGCGAAGGUCAGCUCCCGCAAGAGCUCGUCGGCGGCAUGUACGUGCGGAACGGCGGCGAGCCUGUGCUGGCAGAGUUGCGAGGAGAGGACUCCGCAGACGGACCUGCCUACCACUGGUUCGACGGUGACGGUAUGCUGACGGGCGUGUAUUUCAAGCCCGUCCCGUCCUCCUCGUCCUUCGACUCGAACCCUCGCAUCGCCCCUCUCUUCGUCAACAAAUACGUCCUCACCGACGUCUUCCUCGCCUCGCAAGCGCUCGGCGUCACAAGUCCCAUCCUACCCUCCAUCGCCACACUCCUCGGCUCCAUCUGGUCUCUCCACCUCAUCCUGUACUCCGUCUUCCGAGCCGUCUUCCUCGCCUUCUGCUCGUUCUUCACCGAAUCACCUCUGCGACAUCUCUCAGUCGCCAACACGUCGGUCUUGUGGCACGACGGACGAGCGCUGGCGAGUUGCGAGAGUGGGCCACUGACUUGGGUCACGCUGCCGGAACUCGACACGGUCGGGUUCUGGAGUCUUGAGGGGGACAAUGGCGAGAAGGGACUGCGGGAAGAGGGCGGGAUGCUCGGCUGGAUGAAGGAAUGGACGACCGCCCAUCCGAAACGCGACCCGCACACCGGCGAGCUCAUGCUCUUCCACAUGUCGUUCCUCCCGCCCUAUCUUCACUACUCCGUCAUCCCUUCGACUCACGCUCCUCCUCCCGCCGCUCGCUCCGAGAAGGCGACGCCAACUCCUCGCAUCCUCGCUGCUCCCGUCCCCAUCGCCGCACCUCGCAUGAUGCACGACAUGGCCGCCUCUCGCACGCACUCGAUCCUCCUCGACAUGCCCCUCUCGCUCGACCCGCGCAACCUCGCACUCGGCAAACCCGUCAUCUCCUACGACCCGUCCAAACCCGCUCGCUUCGGUGUCUUGCCUCGCCACAAACCGACGCUCGUCAAGUGGUACAUCGCGCCGGCCUGCAUCAUCUUCCACACGGCGUUCGCGUACGACGAGCCUGCCUCGCCUUCCCACAACGAGGUCGAGGCAGUCAACCUUGUCUGCUGCCGCCUGAAUUCUCCCCGUCUCAUCUACUCCGCCGGCAACCUCGUCCUACCCGAGUCUCAGUCCCUCUCGGCAGGCGCCAAAGAGUCCUGCGAGCUCUACUACUACCGCUUCCCCUCUUCCUCCUCCGCCUCCGUCACCCUCGAGCCAUCGCACGCCUUUCCCCUCGCCGCGAUCCCGUUCGAGUUCCCGACUGUACCGCAGGACCGCGCUGUCGGACCGUCGAAGUAUGUCUACGGAUGCUCGGUGAAGCACGGGUCGUUCGACGCGGCGCUUGGCUCGGCGGCAAAGAUCGACUGCCUCGUCAAAGUCAAUGUCGACUUGCUUGUCCGGCAGGGCAAGAAGCGCGACGAGGCGGGCGAGGUACAGUCAGAGCGACCGGUCGACGAGCGAGGCGUCCUCGACGUGAUUGCCCAGCAAAAGCCGCGACAAGGGGACCGCACCUCUUCGAACGACGACGAGCCGAUCCGGAUCUUCGAGCUCCCUCCGCUGCACUGUGCACAGGAGAGCUCGUUCGUACCCCGCCAGGACCCCCGAGCCGAAGACGACGGCUACCUCCUCACCUACGUCUUUGACGAACGCCAACUCGAUCCCUCGACCGGCCGCGCUGUCGACGGCGCCACGAGCGAGUUGUGGGUCAUCGAUGCGUGGAACAUGACGGACGUCGUGUGCAGGGUCAAGUUGCCGCAGAGGGUGCCGUACGGGCUGCAUGGACAUUGGUUCUCGAGGGAGGAGAUCGAGGAGCAGCGCAGGGCUCCCUCGGUUCGCUCGCGUCCUCCGCCAAAGUCCUAG